UCAAUAUUUGUCAUUUGGUUUUUAAAUUUAAAAAAUAUAAUAUUUAUAUCGAGUACUUUUAAUACUACGUAUUACGAUAUUCAUUCAUUUCAUUCAUAAAAUAUUUGAAAUAAAGGUUAUCGUCUAAUAUAUUACUUUUGUUGGCUCGUUUUUAAAAUGAAUGGACCAAUCGUUUGAAAGAUAUAUAAGAAUGAAAUUCAUGUCUCAUUCUCACGUGUAUGUGUAUGUAUAUGGUAUUUGACAUAUUUUAUAUGCGUGGUUAAAAACUCUGAAAUUUAAUUUAAAGUUCUUGUGAUUUGUUAUUGAUACAGAAAACACUUUCACUACAAUUAUAUAAAAAAUAUAUGAAAAUAUUUUAAUUAAAUCUGUCGAAUAACCUCAUGUAAUCCUUUAAUUUUAUGUAUGAUAAAAAUAAUUUUCAAGAUUAUAAAUACUUAUAAGAAUAUUUAUAUAUUUGUUGAUCUUAUAAUAUUAUCGAUAUCAAAUUCUUAAAGAGCAUGCAGUGGUUAAUUGACUCUAAGUAUGUUAUUGUGUCGUUUAUGUGGUACAUACCUGCAAGACGGAAGGCUUAAAAAUAUAUUUGAAGAUUCUACAGAUCUUAAACAAAAGAUAAUAGAUACGUUACCAAUUAAUGUAUGUACAGAUAUCUUCACUAGACAAUGGUUCAAAGUUUAUAUGUUUGUCCUGUCACGAUAAAGUUAUUCUUUAUCAUAAAUUUAUUCAAGAAGUUUUAAAAUACGAGAAAGAAUUAGAUAAUGAAGAAAAUCAUUGUUACGAUUUAAUAAACAACAAAAAAGAACAAACAGACAUAUUCGCAAAGAUUUAUGGCGAUACUGUAUGCGUGUGCCCAAAUUGUAAUAUCGAUUUAAUGAUAUUAUUAGUUAGUAAUCCACAAAACUGUGAUUAUAGUUUUCAAAUAUCUCUAGCAAUCGUUGGUCAUUCCGAUAAAAUUUAUUCUAUGAAAGAGCAGAAUUUACAAGUCUUUGAAAAACCUGUAGCACUUAAUAUCAAACAAGAUAAUGUAAACUCGCAAAACUAUAACAAAUCUAAAGCACAUAUGAGCGAAGAAAGUAUUGAAAUAAAAAACAAUAAUCGUAAGAGUACGUUGACGUACAAUAUGUUUGGUAAAGAAAAUUCUUUAAAUAGAAAAGAUGUUAAGAAAAAAUUGAAGAGAAAUAUAGAAUAUAAAGAAACUUUAAAUCCUGUUAAAAUUGAUAAAUUAGAAGUAAUUAACGAACAGUAUCCUGAACUUGUAAAUGGUAAAGGUACAAAUACAUUAGUAAAGCUGGAAUCUAAUGAUAAUAUUCCAUGGUUCAAUAGAGAAGACGAUUACAACUCGAUUAUUAAUCAACAACAUGAAAAAAUCAUUAAUAACGAGGAUAUCAUAAUGGAAGACAACGAUAAUAUAAAAUCUUCACCAAAAAUAGUAUGCAAUUUAUGCGGUGCUCAAUAUUUUUGUCAAUCGAAAUAUGAAUUUCAUAUGGAAAGACAUAAAUUAAAUUGUAUGGAUAAAUAUAUAUGCAUCGUUUGUAGAAAAGAAGCGUGUAAUGAAAAUUUGUUGUGGGAUCAUUAUUAUUACACGCAUAAAAGUUCGCAACAUUUUAUUUGCAUGGAAUGCAAUAAAUUAUUUUCCAAAUAUACGAAAUUAAAGGGACAUCAAAAGAAACACAACCAUUUGAAUUUUCAAGAAAUUCAUGUAGAUACCGUUAAUGACGAUUUAGACAUUGAUAAUACACAAGAAGAAUUGUCGGAACAAACGCAAGGAAAAACAUUUACUAAUUGCAAUCUAUGUGGAAAAUUAAUUUUUGAUUUAGAUCCGGAUGCUAUCAACGAUCUAGUAACUUGCUCUACUUGCGAAGAUUCGACUCUUUCUUUAGUUGUAGAUGGAAAUGAAGCUAAAGUAAUAUCGCCUCGUCAAUAUCAUUGUUCCAAAUGUCCCAAACACUUUGUGCGCAAGGAAAGAUUGGAAUUUCAUGAAAUGCGGCACAAUGAAAAUAUGAAAGAAUUUAUUUGCAGUACUUGCGGUAAAGAAUUUAGCGCAGAAAAUUCAUUAUACGAACAUUAUCUUUUUGUACAUAAGGGUGCAAGACCUUAUAUUUGUGAAUUAUGCGGUAAGUCUUUUCAAUUAAAAGCACGUCUACGAGAGCAUCAUCGUACGCAUACAGGUGAAAAACCGUUCCAAUGCGACGUGUGCGAACAAAAAUGUACGACUAAGAACGCAUUAAGACUUCAUAGGAAAAUACACUUUUCUCAUAAUCGUUACAUUUGUAAUAUAUGUAAUAAAUCGUUUAGGAAAAAACAAAAUAUGAACGAACAUUUAGAAAAACAUUGGAAACACGAUAAAAAUAUAUUAUUACCGAAGGUAUUUACCUGUCCGAUAUGCAUGGAAGGUUUCCCAACGUAUAGAAUGUUGAAAUUUCAUAUGAUAGAAAGUCACAAAAUUAGUGAUCAAGAUCCGAUUUUAAUAGGACAAAAACCAUUGUACGAAUGUGAGGAAUGUAACGAAAAGUUUAAACAUCAAAUGUCUUUAAAGGCGCACAAAGAACGAAUACACGAAGGUAAAGUGGAUCCCGUGUAUCAAUGUGAUAUCUGUAACAUCUCUUACAAAGUUAAACAACUUUUAAUAAAUCAUAUAAGAAGCAAGCACAAUGGCGAGAAAAGAUAUAAAUGUGCUCAAUGCGAGAAAGGUUUUAAUGACACUAAAUCUUUGUACAAUCAUGUUCUCCUACAUACUGGUAAAAAACCGUUUGUUUGCGAAUACUGCAAUAUGAGGUUUAGACGCAAAGAUUCGAAGGAUCAUCAUCAAAGAAAGCAUACUGGUGAAUUACCUUAUCAGUGUCAGGAUUGCGGAGAAAAUUUUGCUACGUACAAUUAUCGAUCAAAGCAUCGUAAACAGCAUCACGGCAAAGGCGAUUUGGAAUGUCCUGAAUGUGGGGAAAAAUGUAAUGAUCAACAAGAAAUAAGAAUUCAUUUAAACAACCAUUUAGGUGAAAAAUUAAAACAAUUGGAAAAUGUCUAAUGUCGUGAUAAUGUUAAAUAAAUGAUGCAUUUGAUAUCAAAUGUAGUAAUUUUUUGUAUGUAAAUAUAUGUAUAUAAUUUUAUAUAAUU